UGUUACUGCUGACAAAAAUAAAAAACAUGAAUCGCUCGGAAAAUUCAUUAUUUUACGAGCUUUCGACAGUUGCCGAGGUUAUGAUCAAGUCUAAAGUGACGUUGAAUCACUUACAAGAAGAAACCAAUGCCAUGAUAGAUUUGUUACCGGAAUUGGAUAUAAUGUUGAAAAAUCCCCGGUGUGACGAGGAUGAGCUGAAAUCUGAAAAGUACGAGAGAAUAAUGAAAAUGAAGAAACAUGCAGAUUCACAAGCGAUUAAUAGUUCAGCACUGCAACAGAAAACUAUGUUUACCCAAGAAUUUCCUGAUCGAUUGAAUAAACUUGAAAAUUCAGCACGCACUUUCUGGCUCUCGACAUUCAUGCUCUCCAGCAAUUAUUUGAGUGUUCCACAACCACCAUUGCGAUGCGAUUGGUACACACCGCGUAAAAGAUCAAUUCCACGUAUAGACGUGAAAUUUUAAAUAAUUGCACAAACGACUUGCCAACUCCAUAAGUUAUGCAACGUUAAUCACCAUAUUUUAAGAAUCGCAUAAAUGUGCACACACGAAGAUGAUUAAUUAUAGCCUGACCUUUAUGCUGCAAAUUAUCAGAAAUAUGAAAUUUAAAACAUUUACCGAUCCCAGGGAAAUUCCACAUGCCUAGAAACAAUAGCCAAAUUUUUU